UGAGGGAGGGGGAGGGAGAGAGAGGGAAAGGGAGAGAGAGAGUGUAUGUGAGCCUGUGACACCGAGAUGUUCAUGAUCAUUCGAGAGACGCAGGCUGGAGGAGGCGGUGCUGGAGCGAUGAGCGCACCAUCAGAGAGGAGCGCAAAACAGGUGCCUCCUCGACCCUCUCAGGUUCAGGCCGCCAUCAAGAAGAAGGUGGAGAAGCAGAAAAAGCGAACCAACGGGCCGAGCGGAGGAGCUGGAGACAUUCAGACUGCUACACCUCAGCCUCCUCGCCACCAAAAAUCCAUUCAGUUCCCCCAGACGACGGUGGCGGCCGCCGAGGACAGCCAGUCGCUGGAGGACGAGCUGGAGGAGAUGAUGGAGGGACCAACCGGGAGAGACAGGGAGAAGGAGGAGGGGGAGCCUGUUGACCUGCUGCCCAUCGUGGACUCUGUGUUUGGACAGGACAGAGAGCUGAGACCGGAGGAGCUUGACGAGCUCCGCGAGGCAUUUGUGGAGUUUGACAGGAACAAAAAAGGCUACAUCAGUCACAAAGACCUGGGCGAGUGUAUGAGGACCAUGGGAUACAUGCCGACAGAGAUGGAGCUCAUCGAACUGAGCCAGCAGAUCUGUGGAGGUAAAGUGGACUUUGAGGACUUUGUGGAGCUGAUGGGACCAAAGAUGCUGGCAGAGACGGCAGACAUGAUUGGAGUCAAAGAACUACGAGAUGCAUUCAAAGAGUUCGAUUCUAAUGGCGACGGUCAGAUCAGUUUAACGGAGCUCCGUGAAGCCAUGAAGAAGCUUAUGGGAGAACAAGUGACCAACAGAGAGAUCAACGAGAUCCUCCGAGAUGUCGACCUCAACGGGGACGGUCUGGUGGACUUUGAGGAGUUUGUUCGAAUGAUGUCCCGCUGACCGACCAGCUGCCCACAUGUCAGAUGGACAGACAGACAUUAUGCAACUGCUGGAUUAGAGAGCACACUACACUGUAGUGAACAUCCUUCAUCUGCUCAUGAGAGCACACAUCUAAAGUUUUAUUUUUUAUAUUAAAUAAUGAAAAAAAGUUUUAAAAAGGCAUUAAAUAGACAAAUAGUAUCCAGCCUAGAACUAACAUGACUAUCUGAACUUCAGGUGCAACAUAAAGAUAAAGCAGCUGUAAAACAUAUCACAAGCUCCAUAGACAACAUUUAUGACUUUGUGUUUUUUUCCAGAUGUAUUUUUUAUAUAAUAUCAAUGUUUGAGCUCUGAGUGUAAUAUCUUGUUUGUAAAACUGUAAAAAUAUUUUUUAAAUUAA